GAAAAGGAGAGGAGAAGAAGCCAGGAGACCAGUAGGAACCGGGCUGGAAGAGGCGGGGCGUAGAGUCCGUGGCUGUCCAGAGCAUGGAAAAGGGUCGUGAAAAGAGAGAGUGGAGUGAAACGGUGUCGCGUCUCUGGGGGUGGGUGAGGAUAGAGAAAGGGCUGACCGGCAAGGUAGCGCCGGAGUGGAACGAGAAAAAGGUGCAGGGUCACAAGAAGGCGCGGAGCGAAGGAAAGGCCCGUGGCGAGGAGAGAUCCCGAGGCAAAGAGAGGAUCUCUAAGCGGGGUGGACGUGGUUCUAGGAGGGGGCGGGGCGACGGGCAGGCUCAAGCAGAACAGCUUUCCAAAGACAAGGGGAGAGGGCGGGUCGAUAAGGGGCGGGGAGAAGUAGGAAGAGUCGGGGAACAGGAGCGGGACCAGGCGGGGAAGCAGAGACAAGAACACGGUUCGAGCCACGUUGCGCGCUGCCCCGCGAUGUACCCUGCUGGCCCUGCUUGGCGACAAUGCCAGAUGCUGCGGGCGCUGUGGCCACUGCUGGCGGUGCUAUUGGCACCGUGGAGGCUGUGGGCGGAGGAGUAUAUUCCGGAGUGCACCUGGCAGGUUUUUCUGGUCAAGUUCAAUAAUGUAGGCAAGGACGACGUGAGCGACCGUUUUUUCGAUCCAGAGCCCCGGAGGAAGCUGGACAGUGUGUUCAACCGGCUGGGGGAUUCACCCACCGACCAUAUUGAGAAAUACCUAGGCUUCCCAUACUACCUGAAGAUCAACUACUCCUGCGGCCCCGAGUCCUCCGAGGCCCAGGUCCGCAAAGGCUACCUGACGGGGCUGAAGCCCGUGGUGCUGGUGACCUUCCAGUCCCCCGUCAACUUCCAUCGCUGGCGGGUGGAGCAGCUGCAGAUUGAGAUGGAGGGAGCCCCCGUCCGCAGCAAAAAGCCAUGCGACGCAGAGUUGUGUGCCAUGAGCUGGUACAUGCCCAUGCCCAUGAAGAAUGGCAGUGUGGUCAUGCAGGUGGACGUCAGCAGCAAUGGCCUGGGGCCCUUCAUUCAAAGCAAAAGGUUUUAUGUGAACAUCAACGGCUUCCUGUGGAGACAGCAAGGCAACACGCUGCAGUUCUCGGUGGGAAAUGAGAUCUUCAAUCCGAAACCCCGGUACUUCGUCAACAUCCCGUCGAGGCCCCUGUGGCACACUGUGAACCAGGCACCUGUGCUCAUCCUGGGUGGCAUUCCCGAUGAGAAGUCCAUCCUGCUGACUGACACCAGCUUCAAGGACUCCGUUCUCUUGGAGUUGAACCUGGACGUCUGCUGGGAAGGCUCCUCCUACUGCCCUCAGGCCAGGCUCACUACCACCAUCUGUGACGCCAUUGCCACCGAGACCAUGCUCUUCAUUAGGCAGAACCAGAUGGUCUACUCUUUUACGGGCACCUACAUCACCCUCCACGAGAGCAACCGAGGCAGUGAGACCUGGGUUCGUGAGUUGAACAAGGAAUGCAUCAAGAAGCUGUGCCCCGUGUAUUCCCAUAGCAACGGCUCUGAGUAUAUCAUGGCCCUGGCUGCGGGCAAGCGGGAAGGCUAUGUCCAUUUUGGGACCAUCAGAGAUGGCCGCGUGUCCUUCGAGUUGCUGCCCAGGCAGCGGUCUGUGUGCCAAGAGAUACAAGUUAUCAACUGCUCCAUAAUUUGGGCCGUAUUCAUUGCUGACGACUUCGAUCUCCUGCUGCUGGUGGAGUUCGAAGACCCCACCCGGAAGUAUUUCCAGGUGGUCAGCUACGACCCGGUCCGUAAUGACCUGCACGUUCUCUACACCACCCCGGAAUUCAUCCCUGACGCUCAAGGCCUGGAGUUUCUGGUGAUCAUGGGAACAGAGUCUUACACCAACGUCCCGAUGGUCCCCAAGGGCAUGUUCUACAACCAGCAUAGCAACCUGCUGUAUAUCUGGGGCAACUUCCUCCUGCAGAGCUACAACAAUGAAAACUUCAUCUACCUGGCGGACUUCCCCAAGGAGCACUCCAUUAAGUACCUGGUCAACUCGUUCCGUGGGGACAUGGCUAUGGUCACCGAGACUGAGGAGAUCUGGUACCUCCAGGAAGGCAGCUACCGGAUGUACAAGCUCUUCCCGUCCAUGGGCUGGGAGACGCACGUCAGCCUGCAGGCGAUGCAACAGUCCCCUGCCUACGCCCCCAAUGAGACCAUGGUCACCCUCUUCUACGAAGACAACAAAUUGUACCAGCUGGUGUAUCUGAUGAACGGGCAGCAAGGUCACCUUGUCAAGAGGCAUGUGCCCGUGGCGCAGCUCCUGAGGUACCAGCAGGUCGCCAGCCACCACUACUUGGAACGGAAAGGGGGCUACCUGACGCUGUCCUUCCGCAACUUCUGCCCGUUCACGGCCAUGCACCUGUGGGACCUGCCCAAGCCGCAAAUGUACUCCCGCCAGGAGCGCUACCGGGCGCCCCCCCCGCGCAUCCUGGACUCCUCGGGCUUCCACGACGAGAACUCGCUCGCAGUCUACCAGGGGCUCAUCCAUUACGUGCUUUAUUUGCACUCCCAGUACCACAAGCCGUACGUGGACCGUGAGCAGGAGUUCAUCGGGCGCAUGUGGAAGGACAAGAGACAGUACAAGGAUUACUACUUCUACCUGGCGAGCAACUUCCAGACCCCGGGUAACAUAUACAUUGACAUGGCCAGCUACGAGAAGGUCUACGACCUCAAGGCCCAGUCCGACCUGCCCGAGCGCAUCUACCUGGACAAGGGCGCCAGCUACGUCUUCACGGUCGUCCUGAGGGUCGAAAAGCAUUCGUUGGAGUUGUCACCGGAGCUCGUGUUCACGGGUGAAGAGCUGAGGAGCAAAGUGUAUCUGGGCGUGAUGCUGGCCGACCCGGACUGCAUUGAGGCGGAGGUGAAACAGAAGGUCGUCAUUAGUCGCAACACGGUGCUUUUCAGGGUUACGCUCCGUGAUAAAUCGGCUUGCUUUGACCAGGGCCUUAGUGGACAUCACCUCAUGGAGACCUCCAUCGUGCUCAAGGUGGCGGGCUCGGCCGGGCAUUGCUUCCAGAACACACACCAGGGACUCCGCAUGCAGGGCAACCUGAUGAUCACAGUGCUUCUCGGCUGCCCCCCGGGCAAGCGCCUGGCCUUCGACGUCAACCACACGGUACAUUACAACCGGCUGCAGAACAAACACUACUUCGACUGCGACAAGGUGGACCCCGAGAUGCCCUGCUUCUUGUACCGAGACGUCUUCUACCCUUUCUUCUUGAUCCAAGAUUUGGUGACGGGAGAUUCGGGCAGUUUUCAGGGCAGCUAUGUGCUGAAGGUUGUAGGUGGUGGGCCCACCCUGGACACCCUCAGGGAAUACAGCGAGGAGGAGGUUUACCACUUCAACAGCCCCUUGGACAGGACGGAAAGCCUCAUCUGGACCACCAAGAACACAACGGCCCCCACCGACUCGGCCUUCACCAUCAUGUCCAACCAGAGCGUGGGCAUCAGGUGGCUGUGUCUGGAGAACUCCCCCUGCUACGACAUCAUUCCCCACACAUUCACCUCCCCGGAGUUCUUUUUCAAGGUGUUGGUGAGCAACAGAGACGUGGACAGGAGCACGUACUGUGACUACCAGCUCAUCUUCCUGCUGCAUAUCCAUGGGCUGCCGCUCAGUCCCAAGCGGGCCCUCCUCAUUGUCACGGUGUCCUGCUGCGUGUUUAUUGGCCUGGUGAUUCUCUACAUCAUCUUCUGCUUCCUGUUGCCUUAUCUGGUGAACGUCUGGAACCGCUUCCGCAACCGCUUCCGCAGGAGCACGUCAGAGCCCUCCUCCUCUUACAGUGACCCCUCUAGGAUUUUCAGCAGGGCAUCUAAGACCAAAUCCACGGCCAGCUCCAGAGUCGCCCUCCAUGGCAGUUCCAAAGUGGCAGAGGCGAGGCCACAUGCACCUGAGGGGAAUUUGAAGAAAGAGAAGUAGGAGCCUGUCGGUUGUUAAAAUCAAACUCCUGUGUGCCGGCUGGUAAGCAGCAGCUUCUCCGUGCACCUGCCAACUCCGCCCCUCCGCGCGGGCUGCCCCAGCCUCCCCGAUGUCCAGCAAGGUCUCCCAUGACCCAGGCGUGGUGCCAGUUUGCGGUAUUGUCCAGUGCCCAGGUUCAGUGCCAGUCAUUAAAUACUUUGAAUUUCAAUCCUUA